AUGUCGACCUCUGCACGCCGCCGUUUGAUGCGGGACUUCAAGCGCAUGCAAACCGAUCCGCCUGCGGGUGUUUCUGCAUCCCCCGUUGCCGACAAUGUCAUGACUUGGAAUGCCGUCAUUAUUGGCCCCGCCGACACUCCCUUCGAGGAUGGCACAUUCCGCCUGGUGAUGAACUUCGAAGAGCAGUACCCUAACAAGCCACCGGGUGUCAAGUUCAUCAGCCAGAUGUUCCACCCCAAUGUCUACGGGACUGGCGAGCUCUGUCUCGAUAUUCUCCAGAACCGCUGGAGCCCCACAUACGAUGUGGCUGCCAUCCUGACAAGUAUCCAGAGUCUCCUCAACGACCCUAACACCUCCUCUCCAGCGAACGUGGAAGCAUCGAACCUGUACAAGGACAACCGUAAGGAGUACAUCAAGCGGGUGCGAGAGACUGUGGAAAAAAGCUGGGAGGAUUGA